AUGGCUUCCUCCUCAGUCUUCAAGUCGACCUCCUCCCAUCCUCACAUCAAGCGAUCUUGGUGGAAAGAAUCCACAGUCUACCAGAUCUACCCUGCCUCGUUCAAAGACAGCAAUGGCGAUGGCUGGGGCGAUAUACCUGGCAUCAUUUCCAAGCUUGACUACAUCAAGUCACUUGGUGUCGAUAUAGUCUGGCUUUCACCUAUCCUAAAGUCACCCCAACAAGACAUGGGCUAUGACAUAAGCAACUACGAAGAUGUUGAUCCACUGUACGGAAACAUGGCGGACCACGAUGCAUUGAUCAAGGGUCUGCAUGACAGAGGCAUGAAGUAUGUCCUUGAUCUCGUCGUCAACCAUUCCAGUGACCAACAUCCCUGGUUCAAGCAGAGUCGGUCAAGCAAGGACAAUCCAUUCCGCGACUGGUAUAUUUGGCGACCGGCUAAGUAUGACGAAGAUGGUAAUCGAGUACCUCCAAACAACUGGGAAUCUGCCUUCUCUGGUUCAGUCUGGGAGUGGGACGAACAUACACAAGAGUACUACAUGCACAUCUUCGCCACAGGCCAACCUGAUCUCAAUUGGGAGAAUCCGAAAGUUGUAGACGCCGUCCACAAGAUAAUAAGAUUUUGGCUGGAUCGUGGCGUCGACGGGUUCCGCAUGGAUGUGAUAAACUUCAUCUCGAAGGAGCCUGGUCUGCCAGACGGCAAAAUCACAAAACCUGGUUUCCUUCAAAGUGGUGUCGAGCAUUUCGCAUGCGGCCCACGACUCCACGAGUUCCUCCAAGGGAUUGGCAAAAUUCUACGGGAGUAUGAUGCUUUCUCUGUUGGCGAAAUGCCUGGUGUUCAUGAUACACGCGAAAUAUUGAAGGGCGUGGGCCAGGACCGAGGCGAGCUAGCAAUGGCUUUCAACUUCGACAUCGUCGAUAUCGACCAUGCACCAGGAAGCAAGUGGCUCCCGCGAGAAUUCACACUGCCUAAGCUUAAGACUAUUGUUCACAAGUGGCAGACUUUCAUGCUUGAGAACGGAGGCUGGAAUGCUAUUUACAUGGAAAACCACGAUCAAAGCCGAACUAUCUCCCGCUACUGCUCAGAUGAUCCUAAAUACCGAACAAAGUGCGCUAAACUGCUCGCUUCCCAUCUUGCCCUUCAGUCAGGCACACUUUUCGUUUACCAAGGCCAAGAAUGGGCUCAAAAGAAUAUGCCAAAGGAUUGGGAUCUGUCACACUACCGUGAUAUCGAGGUGAUAAAUCAUUGGAAGACUAUACUACGUGACCAUCCCGAUGACAAGGCUCUCCAACAACAAGCAAAAGACCAAUACUGGCUGAUCGGCAGAGACAAUGCGCGCACACCUAUCCAGUGGAACGAUAGCGAUCGAUAUGCAGGUUGGACUACCAAAGAUCCAGCAAGGCCACCAUGGAUGGACAUUCAUCCAGACUACGCAACUUGGAAUGCCGAAGCUGCAGUCAAAGACCCCAAUUCUGCUUUCCACUACUGGCGAAAGCUGCUCGCCCUUCGAAAAUCCGAGAAGGACACACUCGUCUAUGGCCGUUUCGAAAUGCUAGACAUUGAGCACGACGACGUUUGUGCUUAUGUUCGAAACUCAGAUGACGGCCGAAGGGCAUUGGUGAUUGGUAAUUGGAAAGAGAAGGAGGUCUCUUGGGCGGUUCCCAAGGCAUAUGCCGAUAUGCUCAAGAGAGAGCACAUUCUACCAGAUUUCAAGAACUAUAGCGAAGAGACACAAAUCAGCACAGAUGGUGGCAAGACGACUAUCACGUUGAAACCUUUUGAGACGAUCGUUGCCAUUGGUUGA